AUGCCUGGAGGAGAGUAGAAAAACAAUGCAAGCAGCCCAGCUGGAAAAUGUGGUGGUGACUCUCAAGCAAUUUUAUUCUUGCUUCUCCUGAAGGAGAAGUGGGUCCUGAGCAGGAUGCAGCAGCCAGUGGCUGGUGGCAGGAGCACAGCCUUUCCCUCGCUGUAUCCAUCCCAGGCCGGCCUCACUGCUGACUCGUACUGUACACAGCGCGUCAUUGAGGAUCCCGAGUGGUCCCUCGCCACUGUCCCCCACCUCACUGAGCUCUGCCUCCAGCACAUCGUUCACAAUUUCGAAAAGAACCCUAUUUUGGACCAUCUUCUGCCUGAGCACCAGAGGAAGGUCCUGGACAGGCUCUCCACUGGCCUUCCACUCGCUGUGACUGCCAACCUAAUAAGCGAUGAGGACUACUGGAAGAGGUGCUGCACUGAGCGCUGGCAAGUGUGUGACAUCUCCAACUAUGGAGACAGCUGGAAACGGAUGUUCUUCGAACGUCACCUGGAGAACAUCCUGAAAUGUUUCAUCCCUAACACCACAGACCCCAACCAGGUGCUAGAGCUCAUCCCGCUCUGCAAAGACUAUGUGCGGAAACUGGAGGUUGAUCAGUUCCUGCCACCGGUGCAGGUGGAUCAAAAGGAGGAGAGGGAUGACCUCUCUGAUACAGGGAGUGAUUUUGGAUUCGGCGAGGUCUCCAUGCAUCACUACGACCUGGGAGUCCUCAUUACUGCUCUCCCUCACCUUGAAGAGCUUCAUCUCACUUAUGGCGUGAAGGACUGCGGCAUGAACUUUGAGUGGAACCUCUUUAACUUCACCCACCAGGACUGCUGCAACCUGGCUGUCGCCGUAAAGAUGUGCCACAACUUGAAAGUUUUCAAGCUGACGCGAAGCAAAGUGGAUGAUGACAAGACCAGGCUUCUGGUCCGUAACUUGCUGGAUCACCCGUGCUUGGUGGAGCUGAACUUGUCCCACAAUCUCAUCAGGGACAAGGGGGCACAAGCUGUUGGCAAGUUGAUCAGCCGCAGCAGAUUAGAAACCCUCGAUCUGUGUAACAACCAGAUCUGUCACCUGGGGGCUCAGGCUCUUGCUCAAGCCCUGGCUGAGAACUCCACCCUGACCUCCCUGAAUCUGCGCCUCAACUGCGUGGAGGACAAAGGUGCAGAGGCGAUCGGCCGUGCCCUGCUGACCAACACCACCCUGAAGUCCGUCCAUCUGGGAAGUAAUAACCUGUCAGAGCCAACUGCUACGCUUUUCUCCCAGGUCCUGGCUCAGAACGCCACCCUGAUGAGUAUCAACUUCUCGUGCAACCACCUGGGGCUGGAUGGUGGGAAGCAGCUGCUUGAAGGGCUGGCAGAUAACAAGGCUUUGACCGAGUUCGACCUCCGCCUGGCAGAAGUGGGCCAGGAGACUGAGUACCUCAUUCACCAAAUUGUGUGGGCCAACCGGGAAGCAGCAAGGCUGGGGUCUCUGCAGCACCCCCCCGCCAAACCCCUCUGA